GAUGUUUUUCGGUAGCCUGAGUGAGCGCCCAGUUUAUUCUUAGGUUGUUGCUCAUGAGUGGGACUACUGUGGCGGCGUACGAAAGCCUUUCCUCUCCAUUCCUCGACAUUGGUUUCCGGUCUUUUGCUGUAAAAUCCGAAUGCAAUGGAUCGUAUUCAAUAGGAAGUGCUGAAUCAAGAAAAGUUUCUGACUCAGAUGACUUCAUUUCCAAUGGUACUACGGAUUCCUUCUGUCUAAAAACUGACCAUAUCUUUGAUGAAGAAGUAGAAAUCACAGAUAUAGAGGAAGUCAAGACCCCACGAGUAUCAUCCCCGACUAUAAGUGAGCUUAAAAAACGUCUGGCUACUGUUUCCGGGCACAAAUCUAUCGAAAACCCUGUUAUACCUGAUGGAAGCAAACAUAAUGGUCAUAUUCCAAAAAGAAUGUUAUCAGAAGUUACAUCAAAGCCUUGUCCCUACCCCAUAGACAGACUAUACGAUGAGUGCAUCCCGGUGAAGUCCAGGAUUCGUUCAUUUAAAGGAAAACUUGGAUUUACUAGUGAAGGCCAUUUUGGGGAUAACAUAUCACGCAUGACUCCUCGUUCAGUGUCUUCUCAAAAUUCUUUGCGCAUCUUGGAAGAUAUGCCUACGUGUUCCCUUCCUGGCCAACUACUACGUCAAACCUAUUCGUCCUCCGGAAGUUUGAUUGCUAAUCUUACAGACCUGUCACUGAAUAACAACGCAUUAUUGUCGAUUCCUCUUUCUUCGGGUUUCCAUUUUUCAAAAGCGCUGUUUGGUUUUGACAUUCCACUGAAUAGUGACUCAGUUGAACAGACGGCUGACUUACCACCAAUUUUUACGGAAGAAUCUUUGCACUUCAGUGACAAACCAAUUUGCGAAUUAACCCUACCUGAUUUCUCUUGUAAGCAAGAUGUUGUAAAUCCUGCUUUUAGUAAGCUCCAGAAUGGAAACGUAAAUACUAUGAGAUUGGAAAGUGAGGAGUAUCUCCAUGAGAAUGGCCACACAUAUGCACAAUCAUUCGGUUUAAGUUCUGUCAGAGAUAAAAGUCACUCUCGAGGCAAGCGGUCAGGCAGUAAGAAAACUGUUGUUAAAGAGAACGGUGAUACUGUACAUAGUAAAUCUAAAAUUUCUCUGAAAAAUGACACUGAUGCAACAGAUGACAGUAAUGAAGCUGAGGAACAAAAUCUGGUGAAUUCCGAUUGUUUCAGUGAUUGUGUAUCAGAAAUGGGACAUCAUCCGUCUUUGAAAAAUACCAAGGAAGAAGAAGAAACAAACCGAGGAGCCUUGUUUAGUGACCAAAGUGACAACAACUUAACAACACCAGUAACAAAUAUAAGCACUCGGUCAAAUCCAUCGUUUAUACGGAAAAGCUCUAGCUGCUUUCCUGUAAGUUAUAUUGUUGAAGAAACUAAUGAUGUUGAUGAAGAUUUUACUCUUGUAACUAAUAGAAGACUAAGGCGUAAGCAGCAACAGCAAUCAAAACUUGUUCAUGAGAAUUCUUGUGCCUCUGAAAAGUUGAUCAAUAACCAUGACUUUAAUUCUCGCUCAUCCAUCCGUUCACAACCAGUCAACAAUACAAGUAGCACAUCUCAACAGAUUCAUUUCACGAACCGGUUCAGUGUAAAUAUGCCUAAGCAUUCUGUACGUUAUAACACAUGUCUGAACGGAAAAGAGAAAGCUCAAUCUGUCUCUACGCAUACAACAAACUGUUUGACAGGUGCUCGAGAUAUCCUAUGCAGAAAGUCCAGCUAUACAAAUCAUUCUUCAUCUUGUUUUCUAACCAAUUCAAAUCGUCCUAAAUCUGUAUCCAAUGCCCACCUUCAUUCUGCAGGUCAUAAUCUACCCUCAAAACAUGAAUGCAUCAAUCCAUCUCCAACUCGUUCUCUUCAACAUUCUCAGGUGAUGAAGAGGCCAGCUUCCAGUAGUGUUUCAGUUGCACACUCGUCCAACAUUGGAGUGCCGUUAUCCACGUCAACUAAAGAAGGGAUCGACUCUAACCAGUAUCUAGUACUACGGCAGUUUCUUUUAUCCACAUGGAAAUCGUUUGUGAAGCACUCAACAAACCCGCAGAUAUGAAUAUUUUUUAGACUGUUUAUACAUAUAGUGUAUCUUUCGCCUUUUAGUUACCUCACUUUUACAUUAACCUCUCAGCUGUCCUUAUGAAGUGCUUAUAUUCACUAUGUAGUUAGCAGCAUUUGUUAUGAUACCUAGAAAAAUAGCCUUGACCACUUAUUUUUUAUAUAGUAGCAUAAUGUUUGUUCACUUUGAUUGAAACACAUUCUCAGGUUUUAAAAAAAUGAUGCUUAUGACUUCAUUUCUUACUUACAAGUAGACAUGACUUUUACUAUCUUGUGUAGAACAGUUUCUCUAAUUUCUUCAGUUAUCUAUCAUGUCAACAAUUCUGUUUUGCUGAUAUCCAGACUAGUAACUUUGCCACGACCAUAUGGAGAUAACAAUUAACCAUUCAUGAUUUGCCUUAGUUUUGUGAUUACUUAUUUCCCCCCCCUCCACUUCAUCUUACCUUUUUGCCUUUCCUGUACAAUUAGACUAAUUAGUUAGUGAUUUGUGUUAGGCGACACAGUCUUUCCUUUUUAUCUUACUCCGCAUUUGUCUUUCCGGUUGACUAUAUUUUACAAAUGAAUAAUCUACGGUAGUAAAUAUCAUAUUGUUAACUCGAUUAGUAUUUUUAAUUUUCAACUAUGUAACCAUGUAUGAAUCCAUUUCUGAAUCAUAGGCCAUAGUUACUUCUUUUAGUCAUGUCCCGGUAUUCAUCAUCUCAAUGUUUGUAUUCUCCCUUUUCUUGUUUUCUGUACUAGUUUGUUUUUUGCAAUUCCAGGAUAGUUUUCAUUAGAAUAGUGGUCAGUUACUUUGUAUGAGUGCAUUUCAAUCACUCGUUAUUCUCGUUGCCAAAAUCACUUAUUUCGUGUUAGAGAUUAGAGUGUGUUUUAUAUAUGUA